AUAUAAUUUCAGCCAAUGGUUAACCUUAGUAUGGAAUAAUAGAAUAAAUAUAAACUGAAUUGCCAACGCUAACAGAAGAACGGAAAAACAUGAAAACGGUCUCAGAGGCCAGCACCGUGUACUCCAAAAUUGGUUCCCUGGGGUGGCACAUCUUGGUUCAGGGUGAGGGCCAGCAGGUUUCUGCCGCAGGACCUGUUUGGCUGGCUCGGUUUGCAGCGGGUGUUGAGAGGAGCAAACCGUGUCCUUCGGGACCAGCUGCCGACACGUGUGCCCCGAGCGGACCAGCACGGCUGCAGGGAGCGCGGGCAGCGCCGUGCCUGGGGCAGGGGCGGCGGCCGCGGCUGGCAGAGCACCCAAAGCACGGCGCAGUCUGUUUCCAUGAGCCACGCGGAGCCGAGGAGCUCAGUGCCCCUGGAUGGUGCAAACCCUGAGCAGCAGCAGCAGCAGCAGUGCAGCAGGCAGCAGUGCAGCAGUGCAGCAGGAGCCAUGUCUCUGCCCUUCAGGAAGGAGCUGGAGAAGUACAAGAAUAUCAACGAAGAUGAAAUACUCAGCAAGCUCUCAGAGGAUGAACUGAAGCAGCUGGAGCAUGUUCUGGAUGACCUUGAUCCAGAGAACGCGCUGCUCCCGGCGGGAUUUCGGCAGAAGGACCAGACCACCAAAGCUGCCACGGGCCCCUUCGACAGAGAGCGCCUGCUCUCCUACCUGGAGAAACAAGCCCUGGAGCACAAGGACAGAGAGGACUUUGUACCCUUCACAGGGGAAAAGAAAGGAAAAAUAUUUAUCCCUAAAGAAAAGCCUGUAGAAACCCGCACAGAAGAGAAAGUCACCCUGGAUCCAGAACUAGAAGAGGCCCUGGCCAGUGCUUCAGAUACCGAGCUCUAUGACCUUGCAGCUGUUCUUGGAGUGCACAACAUGGUCAACAACCCAAAAUUUGAUGAAGCAGGAGCCCGCGGUAAAGAUGGAAAAGGAAUCGUGAGAAAUGUGGUGAAAGGUGAAAAGGUCAAGCCCAUCUUUGAGGAGCCACCUAAUCCAACCAAUGUGGAAGCAAGUUUACAAAGGAUAAAAGCAAAUGAUCCUAGUCUCACAGAAAUUAAUCUCAACAACAUCAAGAAUAUUCCUAUUCCGACACUGAAAGAAUUUGCAAAAGCUCUGGAAACCAACACACAUGUGAAGACAUUCAGCCUUGCAGCUACUCGAAGCAAUGACCCUGUAGCUAUUGCAUUUGCAGAUAUGUUGAAAGUGAACAAAACACUGAAGAGUCUGAAUGUGGAAUCCAACUUCAUCACUGGGACAGGCAUUUUGGCACUGAUUGAUGCACUGAAAAAGAAUGAAUCCCUAACAGAGAUUAAAAUUGACAACCAGAGGCAGCAGCUUGGGACAGCUGUGGAGAUGGAGAUUGCCAAGAUGCUGGAGGAGAACUCCAGGAUUCUCAAGUUUGGAUACCAGUUCACAAAACAAGGUCCAAGAACCAGGGUUGCAGCAGCUAUCACUAAAAACAACGAUCUGGUUCGGAAGAAGCGCGUGGAAGGCGAGCGGCAGUAGCCACAGCACCGAGGACACGACUGGAGGCCACCACCAGCUGCAGCCUCAGAGUGCUCACUGCUCACCAGGGAAGGCACUGGAAAACUGUUACCAUGGGAGUUGCUGAUUUCUGUUCAUGUCUCCUUUUAACCUUGAAAACAGAGCCUGUUUGUUUUCGAUUCUCACGGUUAAUUUAAUUCUUAUGAGAAAGGUUCAUAGUUGGUUUGAUUUUAAUGAGGAAAAUGGUUUGCAGUAUCUGAAGCCAAUAUGCAGCAUCUUAACUGUGUUACUGAGCAUAACAUAUAGUGACUCUGACCCUUAUUUUAGACACUUUUUGAUAUAUGAAAAUAUGACCUUGUAUAUGGAUACGGGAUUCUCUGCUGACAAUAGAAGUUUUAGGGCCAAGUUCUGCAAUGCCUUAUGUCUGUGAAUAAUCCUUACCUGUGUGUAAUGUCCUGCUGAACUGAACCCUGCAAUGGGCUGCUCCCAGGAGUAGAACUAGUGAUGCCAGUACAGGUUUGCAGGUUCACACCUUGAGCCUCUCCCCUGCAGCGGGGUCUGGGCAGCUGGAGCCACCUUGGAAUGUUCCUGUGACCCUGCUGAGUCUCCACCCGCCCAGCUCCCGGUGCAGGGCCACGCCUAGACGUACAAACAUUGUCAAAGCGUAUUUGUUUACAUAAGCUUAGCUUAGGUGGAUCAUUUUGCAAUGUUACACUGAUGUUUUUUAUUCUCACUCCACAUUGUAAAGUAAUAUUAGUGCUGCCAAUCCUAUAGACAUUGAAUGUUUUGAGGUUUUUUCUAGGCCAACAAGUUUUUGUUUGCUACUAGAAUGCACAGUUUACAGCUAGUGAUCUUAACCUAAACAAGUAUUCUGAGCAAUAUUUGUUUUGCUUUGAGCCAUGAGUUGGACUUUUUUUAGUUCUAGUAUUUUUGUACAUUUGUUAGCAUUAUAGGACUGUUCUCAGGACCUUUUAGAUGAAGAUUAAUUAAAUACUUAAUCCAGAAGAGCCACUGUGCUACCAGAAAAGACUUUAAAGGGGUAGUUUUGACAGCUACAUAACUGACAUUUAUAUGCUGCAGUUGAGGUUUUCCCUGUAUCACAAGGCACAUGGGUAUUUGUGCCAGUGUUUAUCUGAAUAAGGGCAGAUUUAAGCACAUGCACAAAUGCUUUGCUAAACCAUGGCCUUACCUUACGUGCUGGACAUUAUCUUAACCCAGUGGAAAACACUCACAGAGCAGCAGCUGACCCCAAUGCUCAACAGCAUUGAAACUUCAGUAAGAAUUCAGUCUGAUGUUCCAUUUUGUGUAUUUUACCAUCUAGAACCACUCUCUACCACAGUUAUAUCACUGCCAACAGCUGACUGACAGCCAGAGGUUCAUUUGGUGACACGUGCGCUUGCUGUGAGAGUGAAGGGACGCUCAGGUCAGUGUGCCACACACCCCGAGCUUUCAGGAAGUCACAGAAAUGCUCCUGCAUGGUGGGCAGUGCUGUUCCCUGGGCACCCUGGCCUCCCUGAGAGCAGGGAUGGAGCUCUGCUCGCCUGGGCAGAGCUAGACAGCACAGUCACUGCAAGAUGCUCCUGAGGCAGCAGCGGGGCAUCCAGAGACCCGCGGGGCCCCGGAGCAGUCGGGGGAUGCUUGGCACCCUUCCCUGAGCGAUGUUCUCACCCUGCUGGGGUGUGAGCUAAGAGCAUGAACCCUCCCUCUGUGCCUUCUAUAAAGGAAAUGAGUAGGUCCAAGGCAAAGCUCUUCCUGUUGGAUACAGGUCUUUGUAGUGGGGUCCACAGUGAAUAACACUCACUGAAAUCCCACUUCAAUUCUUGGCUAAAGUGGUCUGCUGAGCUGGGAUAUGAAGUGCAGUAGCCACAGUUUACUUCCCUGAGAGCUCCCAGUCUCUACAAUUUCCACUUCCUCCCUUCCUCAGAAUAAACUGAAACCUUUGCUUUGCAAGUAGCAAACAAAACACACAGGGAGUCUUGCUAGGGUUUUGCCUGGAUCCAUACAGGAUUUGCUGUGAAAAACUUUGAUAUCCCAUUUAAAAAAAAAGACAAGUUGUGUAAUACAAGAGUCUCUACAUGGGCUUAAAUAGAAUCCUUAAAAAACAAUUGGAUUACAAGGGGAAUACUGGGCUUUGCACCAUGCAGUUUAAUGGGUGGGAACAAUCCUCAUCCACAAAGCCUAAAAAUUAUGUUACUGAUAACCUUCAGAGACAGGGAUCAGACUGCCCCUAAUUUCUUGUUCUUUGAUCCAACCAAGGGACUCCCAAUUAUCAACCAAUUCUUUGAAGAUUUUUAAUGGUUAUUUUUUUCUUUAAGGGUGGUACGUACCUGUGUUUAAGGGAGACAAGUGCAAUCCAUUUCUAGUCUUACUUGCCAUUGCCAGUGUUGGUAUUUGCAUGCAGCAGUUUCACGAGGAUGGGUUGGUCUGUAAGCACACACGUGCUUACACAGUCAGGUGGCUCCAGGCGUGUUUUGCAGCCCCAGUUUGCACCCCGGACCGAGGUACCUGGCUGGGGAAGCGCUGUGGGCUCUCCGUGCCUCCAUCUGCCAUGCCCUUUGCACAGCCGGGGUUCCUGUGCAGGGAGGAGCCUCGCCCUGGAGGGCCCAUCUCAAACACCAGCCCCACCAGAGCUGUGCCCCAGACCCGGAGUCUGCCUCCUUCCAGCGUGUGCAAGGACAGCUCCCAAUUCCUGGCUGUUUUCUCCAGGCAGCUGCUGCCAGCCCUGCAGGGGGCUCAGUGACCAGGGAUGUCUUUGUCCUGCCUCUUCUGUGUGCUCCUUGAUUGUCACCAGCCUUGAGUGUCACAGCUCACAAAUUUCAACAAUAUAAAGAUCUGUUGGAUGCAACAAGAGCACACGAUGAUGCUUGGAGGCAGAUUUUCAUGCUAAUGCAGGAUUAUUUAGCUGGUUAAAAAUCUCUGCAACUAACAAGAAGGGAGGCAGGAUGUGACGAGUUAUUUCAUAUUCUACUUUCAGAUAACAUCUGGCAUUGUCAAUGCUGAAUGGGGAACAGGGACAGAAGAGUCCUUUUUUCUUAAGCAAGCAUUCAGGAGUAACUUUGUCUAUUUUUGCACAUUGCUUCUCGUGUUGACUGCUUCAGUUUGGUUUGUAUUUUUUAUACAGUUUUUUCAUGGGAAAGCUCAACUUUGUGCAUGUCCCAACAUCCGUGUGGAGUGUAGCGUGCACUAAGGACCGUAUGUGUACAUGUGUAAAUGACGAUGUUAUCUCUGGAACAAAAGUAAUUGCAUGCGCACAGUGGGGUGCAUAUUACUCAAGAGGAAGAGAAUUACCACGCUAUGUAACAGUGACUCCCCAGCAUUGUGGUUUUUCUAAAUAAACCUUCACAAA